AUGGCGAUCAAGUUGUCAAAGUGGAACGGCCCGGUGGGCGUGAUUGCGCCAGCAGCAGGGACAAUUAGCGACGGAGCCGCGACAGGAUCCACGACCGCGACCGAUGCCGUGGGUGGCGGCGCGGGGACGAUCGGGAUCACGACCGUGGGUGGUGCCGUGAGCGAGGCCGCGGGUGGCUCCACGGGCAGCGUCUCCCCUGAGGUCGCCGGGAUGAUGGCGAGUGUCGAGGAGGAUCCAAAGGAGGCCAUCACGGGCGGCGGCGGCGCGACUGGUGCUGAGGCCGUCGCGAGCGGUGACGGUGGGAUCGGCACUGAAAAUAGGGAGCCGAUGGCGGUGGUGCCGAAGAACUGA